AUGGGAAAGGGGAGCCAGAGAAAGCCUGACGAAAGAAAGAAUACAUACAAGCAUCACUACGACAAGAGGGGAGCCCGAAAUAGAGUUUUGCGAAAGCGCAGCAAGUCAAAGAAGCGCAGCAAGUCCAAGGAGCGCAGCAAGUCUAAGAAGCGCAGCAAGUCCAAGGAGCGCAGCAAGUCUAAGAAGCGCAGCAAGUCAAAGAAGCGCAGCAAGUCCAAGGAGCGCAGCAAGUCUAAGAAGCGCAGCAAGUCCAAGGAGCGCAGCAAAUCUAAGAAGCGCAGCAAGUCUAAGAAGCGCAGCAAGUCCAAGAAGCGCAGCAAGUCCAAGAAGCGCAGAAAGACUAAUAGUGAAGCAAGUCCAAGAAGUGCAGCAAGUCUAAUAGUGCAGCAAAGCGCAGCAAGUCAAAGAAGCGCAGCAAGUCCAAGGAGCGCAGCAAGUCUAAGAAGCGCAGCAAGGUCCAAGGAGCGCAGCAAAUCUAAGAAGCGCAGCAAGUCUAAGAAGCGCAGCAAGUCCAAGAAGCGCAGCAAGUCCAAGAAGCGCAGAAAGACUAAUAGUGAAGCAAGUCCAAGAAGUGCAGCAAGUCUAAUAGUGCAGCAAGUCCAAUAG